UUAAUUUAUAUAUAUUAUCUCAACAGAACAUUUAUUUAAAUGUAUCUAAACAAAUAACAGAGGGUGCACAGGACAUUUUCGAGGAAAGUGUUUAUUUCAGUAUUCAAAAUCGUUGUGAUCAGAAAGCUUGUUAACGUGCUUUCCUCCCUUUGUCGAAAUUCGCUCUUAUAUGUUAGUUUGCAGGCAGUAACAGUGUUAUACGUUAUAUUUGAUUACAAAGCAUGAUCAGUGAUCGAACAGUGGAAUUAGCUUAACAUGAUUCUGGACAUCGCUUAACAAGCUCGUUAUGGACCCGUGGGCAGGCGUGGGGCGUGGCGCCGGGAAACGCCUCCAGGUCGAGGACGUGGUGUCCUUUGUAGUCCGAGAGCAUCGCGCGAGGGUCGAGCAAAGAGCAAGAGAGGCCGAGGGAAGGCCGGCGAAGAGACACCCGGUCAAGGAAAGGAACUACGAGACAUACAACUACCUUGAAAACAGGUUGGGGAGCGAGGACGACGAUGACCUUCUCUCCAGCAUCCUCGUCCGGGCUCGCGAGAGAAAGGAGAAGCGCAAACAGGUGGAGGAAAUGGCAAAACUGCGUCAGCUCGAGGAGACGAAGAGGAAAAUCGAGGAGGAGAAAAGGCGGUGCCUGAUGGAGAGGAGAAAGCAAGAAGACAAACUGAGAGAGAUGAAAGAAAUGCACCGCUUGAGGGUGCUGAAAGAGCAGCAGUGGAGGGCGAGGGAAGCCAGAGAGUUGAAAAACAAACGCAAAGCUGACGAAUUUCACCGCAAAAUACUUCUCCGUCAAUACUUCACUGGUUUUACAAGGCUUGUAGAGAUCAGUAGAAAUAACAGAGAGAAAGCUAAGGAGCACUACACGAAAGCACUACUGCAGAAAUCUCUAAGGAAGCUCUUGACUAACAAGCAGAGGGAGCAAAGGAGUAAGGAGCAGAUGGCCUCAGACUUCCAAGGUGUCCGCCUACUUCGCAGAUCUCUCAAGGAAUGGAGCAAGAAAACAUCCGCCAGGCGAGCCCAGAUGCAGGCAGCCGAGGACCACUACCGGCGCGUGAUACAGCGCCGUUACCUCUGGCUGUGGAAAUGGGCAGCUCUGGACGCUCUCCUUCAGCGCCGGACGAGCCUGCAGCUGGCGACGCAACACCAUCGCAGGAAGCUCCUGGCAGAAUCCGUGCGCAGAUGGAGGACCUACGUCACGGGAAGGAGGCUGAGGCGCGGAAGGGACACAGUGAGCUCGCGCCUUCGGUUCCUGGUGAAGGACAUCCUUCCCGACUUCUCGCCCGUGUCCUCCGACGCCGACGACGCCAGCGAGGACGAGGGGAACGAGGGGAACGACGACGACCGCUGGGACGAGAUGAUCGCCGUGCUCACGAUCUAAAACGCCAUGCACGCACAAACGAACAUACACAUUUACGUACACAAACACACACAUGCAUAAGCACACAUACAUAC